AUGCCAGAGAAAAUCAAAAUCUUUGAUGCUUUAAGAAACUCCGGGAAAUCUAGUGUCAUCGAUAAGCUAACUCCAGAUAGGUGGCUUCCAAAUGUCACAGCAGCCAUAAAUCUAGUUGAAAACACCACUUCUACCGAUGCCGAAAGGAUUAAAGCCUUUCAUACUCCAAGAAUUGUAUCCAAAGGUAGCCAUUUCGCAUUUUGCUUGCCUACCAAAAGACAAUACGUUAGAUGCUUGAUAAAUUCUCGUAAUGCUCUUGAUGAUUUCAAUUUAUCCUUAGACGACAAUCUUAUCAAGAUAUUCAAUGGAGAGAAAGUAUACUACGAUAAAGAAAAGAAUAUUUUCUCCUAUAGUCUAGCAUAUGCAGGUUUCCAAUUUGGAGAAUUCGCGGGACAGCUAGGUGACGGUAGAUUGGUAAAUUUGUUUGACCUACCCGACAAAAGCAAAACAUACCAGACAUUCCAGUUGAAAGGAUGUGGUAUAACUCCGUUCUCACGAUUUGGGGAUGGUAAAGCAGUCUUAAGGUCAAGUAUAAGAGAAUUUAUCAUUAGCGAGGCUCUUUUCAAUAUAGGUAUUCCAUCAACAAGGGCAAUUCAAUUGUCAUCUUUGCCUGGAACAAAAGCUCUUAGAAAUGGUAUGGAACCAUGUGCUGUAGUUUGUAGAUUCGCUCCAAGCUGGAUUCGGUUGGGCAAUUUCAAUCUUUUCAGGAGGAGGCCUGACCCAAAAGGUUUGGUCGCAUUGUCAGAUUAUUGCAUUGAGAAUGUUUUUGAUAAUGGGAGAGGAUUCCCUAAGGAUAUAGAUUUGAAUCAUUUCACUAGGGACUACUUUCCAGAUGCAGAUGAAAAUGUAGCAGCAGAGGAACAUUCAAAGCUGCGUGAUGGCCUUACAAAAUAUGCUCUGUUCUUUAGGCAUGUUGUCAAUCUUAAUGCUGAGUGUGUCGCAUACUGGCAAGCGUACGGAUUUCUAAAUGGGGUCCUAAAUACAGAUAACACAUCAAUAAUGGGAAUAUCAAUGGAUUUUGGGCCGUUCAACUUUUUAGAUAGGUUUCAACCUGAUUUUACCCCGAACCAUGACGACUCAAUGAAACGUUAUAGUUUUGAAAACCAACCUGGUGUCAUAUUGUGGAAUCUCAUACAAUUCGCGCAAGAUAUUGCUCUGUUAUUAGGGGCAGAUGAAUCAAUGAUAGGCAAUAUUACAGAGAUUGAUUUAACUAAACUUGACGAUGGCACUGAGGCGAAAAUGCUUGAAAGACUGAAUAAAAUAAUAAGAUUGAGUGUGAAUGAAUAUAAAUUCCACUUCACCGCAAAGUAUGGAGACUUGUUCGCAAAGAGAUUGGGAAUAGAUUUGGGCAUAGAUAUUUCAAAUUGUACCGAUCAGACGUCUAUUCAGAGAGUUGCAGAAGUUAUUACUGAAUUUUGUUCAGUUAUCGUCGAGCCACUACUUAAAAUCUUACAAACAACGAAGAUUGAUUAUAAUAACUUUUUCGUCAACCUUCAAAACUACCAGGGUAAUUUUUUCGACACUGACACAACUGCUUUCGCCGGUUUAGACAAAGAAUUUGUAUCGAUCUUUUUCAAUGAAUCACAGAUUGAGCAGUUGUUAAGGUUUGAAAAGGAUCGCAAGUCGCAGCUGUCUAAUAAUGGGGAGAUUCGUCUUAUGAAAGAUAUAUUAGAGGACCUGAAGGCAUGGACUAAAUGUUACACGGAUUUAGUUACCAAUCACCAGGUAAGAAGAGAAAUAGCCCGAAAGUUCAAUCCAUUAUUUAUCCCCAGGAGUUGGAUUUUCGAUCAAGUCAUUGAUGAUUUGACGAUACGGCAAAAGGAUGUAUUGGAAAACCCAGAUUCAGAGCUGGACACCUCCCUGCUACAAAAAUUACAUUUAAUGAGCUCCUAUCCAUACGAUCCCAGUAAGUGGGAUAAAUCUAUAAGAAAUGAUGUUGUUGAAAGUUGGACCACUUUGGAGCAUUCCUGGAAAAGGCAAGAUACAGCCAAAUAUAUGAAACAGGCCACUUGUUCAAGUUAG